CCCGCCCCCUCCUCCUGCCAGGCUGCGCUCCUCGUUUCAGCAGACUUGGUGCUGAGCGGGGUCUAUGUCACUCCGCCAUACUGCACAGGACGGAGCUAACUUCCCGGACACCGGAGUACUCUGUACAGACAGCAGGUCAACAGUGAAUCGUUAAGAAGUGAAAGCGCAUCGAACUUUAUAUCCUAAAGAAAACGCAUGGGGGUAAUAAGCAGAUGAUUCAUAAAGACAGAAAACUCUUGCUCAGUCACAUUUUGUAGAGCUGACCUGACGAUGUUAUUUGGUCUGAAUUAAUAGUCCAUACAUGCUCCUCAUCGGUUUUCUCCCGCAUUGGCACAGCUGUUAGAUCACAUCCUUUGGCAUCUGAACCGUUGGAUCUGCUUCCACGUAGCAUGGCGUUUGUGUACUCUCUGUGUAUGCUCCUGUGUUUUGUUCUACCGGCUGCAACAUUAUUUCCAGAGCCCAGAAUCACAUGGCAACCAACAGAAGUUCAUUUAACUCGUUUCAAGGAGCAAGAAGUUUAUAAUUACUCCACAUUAUUACUAAGUGAACAUGAGGAUGUUUUAUAUAUUGGGGCGCGGGAAGUCAUUUUUGCAGUAAAUUCGCUGGAUAUUUCAGAGAAGAAACACGAGGCUUACUGGAAAGCCACAGAAGAGAAGAGCAAAGAGUGCGUACGGAAAGGCAAAUCCAAACAGACAGAAUGCCUGAACUACAUUAGAGUGCUACAGCCACUCAACGAAAACACUCUGUAUGUGUGUGGUACCAAUGCAUUUCAUCCCGCCUGUGACAUCCUGGACCUUAGUAGCUUUCGGCUGGUAGGCAGAAAUGAAGAUGGCAAAGGACGAUGUCCUUUUGAUCCAGCGCAGAGUUACACUUCAGUGAUGGUUGAUGGGGAACUAUAUUCUGGCACCUCUUUUACCUUUCUGGGCAGCGAACCAAUCAUAUGCAGACAUUCCCAGCAAGGUCUACUUAGAACAGAGUAUGCUGUCCCUUGGCUUAAUGAGCCUAAGUUUGUGUAUUCAGAUGUGAUUAGAGCGCCUCCGAAUAACCCAGAUGGAGAUGAUGACAAAGUCUAUUUCUUCUUCACUGAAGUGUCUGUCGAGUAUGAAUUUUUUACCAAGCUUCUAAUUCCCAGAAUAGCCAGAGUAUGCAAGGGUGACCAAGGUGGUCUCAGAACACUGCAGAAAAAAUGGACAACCUUUCUUAAAGCCAGACUUAUAUGUCACUCACCAGAGAAUAAUAUGAUUUUCAAUGUCAUCAAUGAUGUUUUUAUCCUGAAAUCACCAGAUUUGCAAGAACCAGUCAUCUAUGGAGUAUUUACAUCUCAUUUAAACAAUGUUGGCAUGUCAGCGGUGUGUGCAUACACAGUAUCUAGUGUGGAAGAAGUGUUUUCAAGAGGAAAAUACAUGCAGAGUGCAACUGUGGAACAGGCACAUACUAAAUGGGUCCAGUUUAAUGGAGAGGUGCCAAAGCCUCGCCCAGGAGCUUGCAUCAAUAAUGAGGCUAAAGCCAUGAACUACACCAGCUCAUUGAACCUGCCAGACAAGACAUUACAGUUUGUUAAAGAUCACCCUCUAAUGGAUGAGUCGGUCACCCCCAUAGGAAAAAAGCCUAAACUAGUGCUUCAGAAUGUGACGUACACUCAAAUUGUCGUGGAUCGGGUCAAAGCACUGGAUGGCAAAACCUACGAUGUCAUGUUUUUAAGUACAGAUAAAGGUAUGCUGCACAAAGCAAUAAGUCAUGAGGCUGAAAUGCGUAUUAUCGAGGAGAUUGCGUUGUUCUCUGAUCACCAAGCGGUCCAGACAUUACUGCUUUCCAAUAAGCAGAACAAGAGGUACAUCUAUGCUGGCUCCAGUGUUGAAGUGAUUCAGUCUCCCAUUGCUUUCUGUGAGAAGUUCACCUCCUGCGCAGAGUGUGUGCUGACCAGGGAUCCCUAUUGUGCUUGGCAUCCAGUCAAAAAUUCCUGUGUUGAAAUCCUUCUGGAGGCUGACGCUGACAGACCCUUGAUUCAGUCUUUAAGUGGUGAUUCUUCUAAAUGCCCAGAUUCUGCUGAUAAAGGGAUCCAGGAAAGUAAGCAGUACACUGUCAAGGCAGGAAGCACAAUAGAGAUGAAAUGUUCUUACAAGUCUAAUCUGGCUUCAGUGGUGUGGACAUUCAAUAAUGAAAGCUUUAGCAUGGCCCCUCCCAAAUAUAUCGUGAACAAUGCUCUAAUCGUACUCAAUGUGACGGAGUCCAACGCAGGCAUUUACAAGUGCUGGUCACAAGAGCUUGUAAUGAAUAAUGUUGUUUCCCAGUUGGUGAUCAAACACGUUAUAGAGAUUGAGAAGACACCACCUCCCGUGACCAGCACAACACCACCGCCAUCAACACGGAUGGAAGGAAUAAAGGAAACCACUCGAUUGUAUAAAUCGAGAAAAGAGACAACCACCAAAACGUCAACAUCUAAAUCAACUACUCCAAUAGUAACUACAUCUGUUGGGGGUGUGACGUACCUAAACAACAAAAUGACAACACCAACAGUCUAUGUGUCAGAAGAGGUAUUCAGCUCCCUUCCUAAUGUGGAAAAGGCCUUGUACUUGACCAAAAACAAUGACAGCUCUCUUCUCAUAAUUCUGGUCAUAGUAUUCUUUUUACUUUUCUUCAUCUUGUUGACGUACAAUUGCUACAAAGGGUUCCUUCCCGACACUUGUCUGAAAUACCGCUCUGCUAUGCUGUCUAGCAAAAAGAAAAGUCCUCCGGGCUUGAAAGAUUGUGAGCAGGGUUUGAAGGAAACCUUGGUGGAAAAGGGGUGUACUGAGAACCAGAGUAGCGGGACAGUUAAAGCGCCUCCAGACACUGGCUAUGAGACCGAUGCAGAAUGUGGUAAUGGCAACAUCCCUCAUAAAGAAGAUGAGACAACAGAGGAAAAGGAGACGGACCAACCAUUUGAUGUCAAAUGUGAAAUAAAAUACGCCGACUCAGACGGUGAUUGAAACCAAUGCUUUCAUUUCAAGUGACAUGUAUACUGAGCCAGAGGUAAUAGGGCUACUUGGCAGCCAGCUGUUCUGCUUCACUCCAUUUCAUAAAAGGAUAUAUAGUUAUUGUUUCUAGUUCAUACCUAAAUUGUUUUGUAUAUCUUUUCCAUUUUUAUUUUAUUUUUUUCCAUUCCAGUUUGUGUUUCUUUCUUUGCACAAGACUGACCAAGUUCUUUCACGUUAUAAAUUUUAAUUCCAAAUUGGAAGUUAUUUUUUAUUUUAUUUUGUAUUAUUAUCAAAUUGGUAAGUAUCUGGUACUUUGCCCACAUGGGGGUACAGCUAUUCUCAUUCGUACUUGAAGAUGAAACUUCCAGAACAAAAUUUGUAAUACUGUAUAUAUGUUAAUUUGCCUGUAGCUUUGCUAUGGAUCUUUUCAGUUUAGUUUCUUCAGUUGAAUUGCUUUCUCAGGGAAUACAACCUUUGCUGUCCUACUUUUCAACCUUUUGGGUAUUAGAGUGAUGGAGUGAGGGAAAGGGCACUGUUCUGUCUGAGCUGUUUUUACUUGUUAUACGUCACAAUAGGAACUGGAAUGUGGACUUGACUACUGACACUGGGAAAGAUGCAAAUAAUUCCAGUACACAGCAAAACAGAUUGUGUAUAAUGGAACAGGAUGUAUUUUAAGCAUUUCCAAAAUCCCUGUAUUAUUCGCUGGUAAUACUUAAAUGGAGGCAUCAGCUGACAUUUCUAUGGACUAUAAGGGAAAAAUAAGACUUGCAACAGUGACUUUUGGUCCUAUCUGUGAAAACACUGGAGGGAAACUGCAGACUAAGAGACUGAGACUAUUUACCUGCAGAAUCCACAUGCUAUGCGGACUGGAAAGCAUGUUCGGUAAACUCAUUGAAGGGCAUUCUUUCAGUGUAUUAUAUUGUUUAGCUGUAAAAAAAGGACAAAACCACACUGUGAUUCUUGCUGUUUAUACUUUGAAAAUAAGUUUAUUUUUCUAUAACGGUUCUGUAUAAAUGUAAAUUCAUGAUGCCCUAAUAUUAAAGUAUAAUUUUAUUCUAAGAAUUUUAA